AGAGUUCAGAAUUCAGAUCGGUGGCCAUCUAUUUUCUUCUCCUAGCUAAGAGUUCAGAUUCUGCCAUGUCUUCACCAUCAUCAAAGCAUAUGCCAGACUUACAUUUUAAUUCACAAUCGUCAAAUUCAGAUCUUCGUUUAAAUGGUCUAGUGGUGGAUAUCGAAAUGCAAGAAAGGGGAACAAAAGAAACAAACCCUAGAGGAUCUCAUGAUCAAUCUGAAGCUUCAUCAAUAAAACAAACACCAUCAAAUACAUCUAUGCUUGUUAAUAAAACAAACACUGGAGGAUCUCAAGCAACUGAUGAAGCUUCAUCAAUAAAGGAAACACCAUCAAAGACAGCUAUGCUGGUUAAUUUCCUCCCCACUGGAACAGUCAUGAUCUUCAACACCCUUAUUGGGCCAAUAACUGAAACUGGCAAGUGUGAUACAGUGAACUUUAUAAUGAUGAUCAUUCUCCUAGCUCUCUGUGUUACCUCUUGCUUUGUAUUUCAGCUGGUGGAUAGUUAUAAAGAUGGAAGGAGAGUUUGCUAUGGCAUUGUGACUAGAAAAGGGUUGCUAGUAUUCACUUCUGACCUUGAGAAAAAAUAUAAGAAGGGAGAGAAGUAUACCUUACAGGACACAGAUAUCAUCCAUGCAAUCAUGUCUGUUCUUGUAUUUGUAGUCUUUGCAUUAUCUGAUAAGCGUGUAACGGGUUGUUUGUUACCUGAACAUGAAGUUGUAAUAAUGGCGGAAGUGAUGAAGACUUUGCCUAUAAUUUUUAGUAUUAUUUGUAGUGGCUUGGUUCUUAUCUUCCCCAACACUCGCUUCGGUGUAGGGAUGCGUGGUUGACUAGAGAAUCCUCACAGCACUUUGCAGCCCUUGAAGAUAAGACUGUUAAGUACUAUGCACUGA